AUGGAGAGAGAGAAGUUUCAGCAGAAGGCUCAGAAGCAAACUAAGCAGAAGAAAUCCAAGUCGGCUGAAUUUCUGAUGGUUAAAGAAGAUAAAGAAGCUACAGAAGGUAUUGGAAAUCCAGCUUUUAACAUGAGCAGUCCAGAUAUCUCAGCAUGUCAGACUGCAAAAAAGAAAGUUAUUAGACAUGACAUGCCGGAUUGCACCCUUGCAGCUCACCAACAAAAAUUCAGGCUGCUAGCCUCUGCAGAACAAAAAGGUACUAUGUCAGGAAAUGAAUACAGCAGAAAUUACUUUGACCCACUGAUGGAUGAGGAAAUAAACCCAAGGCAGUGUGGGAUGGAGGUCAGCAGAGAAGGUGAUGAUAGAUUUCUCUAUAAUCAAUUAAUGAAGCUGUUUGAUGAGAGUGGACAAGGAGAACCCCAAGAUGAGUGUGUCCAGGAGGAGACUUUGGAUUCUGAAGCACCCGUAAGUCCCAGUGAGAAUCAUGAAAUCCACAAACAGGCCGACAAAGCGCCCUCUGCUUAUGUGGAAGAGUUUGAAAGAUAUGCUCAGAAAGACAUAAUUCUGCUUGGAAGUUCUCCAUUAGAACAG